AUGAAAGAAAAAACAAUUAAACGACUUGUUCUUCCCAUGAGGGUUUUUACCUUUUUUCUAUUAGUUUACCCCUGGAAGAAAUAUUCUUUCGAGUCACCUACCUUCGGUAAAUCUUUCAAUACAGGAUGCAACCCAAAAAAUGUUCCAACCAUGCAAUUAGGCAGAAUACUAACCGGAGACACCACCACGGUACAGUCUCCACCCAUGUAUACCAACCUAAAGGACAAACUAAUGAACACAUCUGAUGAGAGUAGCACCGAUUUGUUUAGCAAACGAUUGAACGCGCUAAUACAAGAUGAAAAUUUUAGAAAACAAUAUGAACGCCUCUUCCAAAGCAAUGAAUUCACGCAGAUUUUUUCCGACAUGAUCCUUGAUCAUGAAAAAUUAAAAAAAAAGGGUGUGCUAAAUGGGUCUCAUUUUAUGAAUAAUGAUGCCAGCUCAGACUGGGCAGAAGCCAUAAAAAAACUUUCCUUUUCCUCAGAUAGGAAAGAUGCUGCAGGAAAGUUUACGCAUCCUAAUAGGAAAAAACGCUCACGAAACUUUGACCAAUCAGACGAAUCUCUUAAUUUGGACUAUUUUGAUGAUGACUGCGCCCAUGUUGAUGAUAACCUAUCCACAUUUACUGGCAGUGUGAAAAGUCUCUUUGAACGAGAACAACAGAUUAGAUUUCCCCAUCAUCGUCAUCAUCAUAAUUAUUAUGACGAUGACUAUGUUGAUGAUGACCUAACCACAUUUACUGGCAGUGUGGAAAGUCUCUUUAAAAAAGAGCGAGAUCAUUUCCAUGAUGACCUAACCACAAAUUUUGGUAGUGUGGAAAGCAUUUUUAAAGAGGAACAAACCACAGUUCCCCAUAACAACAUUGGCAGUUUUGAUGAUGACCUAUCUACAAAUUAUGGUAGUACUGACAGCAUUUUUAAGGAGCAACAAACCACAAUACCCCAUCAUCGUCACCAUCACCAUUAUUAUGACGAUGACAUGUCUAGGAACUUUGGCAGUGUGGAGAGUAUUUUUAACGAACCAAAUGAUGGCUAUGAUGUUGCUUAUGUUCACCAUGAUUAUGCUGAUAACGUGUCUACGAACUUUGGCAGUGUAGACACUCUUUUUAAAGAACAGAGAAGAUUUUCUUAUGACGAUAGGAGAGUUAAUCCAUCCGUUGGCACUUGCUCAUGCAAGAGUGAAUAUACUGGUACGGACUACUACGAUUCGUAUGGGAAUCUCUACCAUGUAGUGGACCAAAAUAAUGAACAUGAACGAGCAAAGGCACAAGCAGGAGUACAUUUGCCCAUGCUGGAUGAACAUUUUAUAGAAGAAUAUAAAUACUGUAACAUUCCUACAAUUUUACACAAGAGAAAUAGUGUAAAGCAGAAAAUAUACAAACAUAUACCAUGGAUGCGUAAAUUUUUUAACAAAAUGGAUGCCAAGGUCGAGUCAGAAAUUAUGCGUUAUUUGGACAUUAAGGAGAGAGAAAAACAAAAUUACCCAGUCAGAAAAGUAAAAGGGACACAAAAACUUUUUAAUUUUCUUAGCAAGUACAGAGUGUUUGUCCCUCUUGAUGUGUUCGGAACACUUCCCGUGAUACUUUUAGUAUUCCUACUAACAUUGGAAUUCAUUGCCACGUUUUCCUUACUGCCCCUUAUGACCAUUGCUUUGGUUUGUGGUGGAUAUAGUCGCCUGGUAUCUUAUUACAAACGGAAAGUAAAGAAAAUGAGACACAUAAGGAAACAUAUAAAAAAAUUAAGUACCAUGAGAAAUAAGGACGACGAAUAA